AUUGCCGGCGGUCAAUUGUUUACUUCGAUCUGCACAAGAACGAUAUUUUUAAACUGUUCCCGAAUCCUCUCCGCAAGCAUAAUCGGCCGCUCUUUACUCGUUGUACUUCUGGUUCCAGACCGCUCCGGUUCCUGCCCUCUCAACCACAACAACCACCGGUUUGCUGGUCACCGAAAUAACAUUUACGCACAACGGAGGGUUUCUUUUAUUUUUAAACCCACGAUCGACGGCCUUUGUGCAACAAACUACCGGUCAACGAGGUGGAAAAGUGCACUGCGAACCGGCGUAGAUCGGUAGAGCUGGGACAGUUGUAUGUUGCCCUAGGACUUGGUUGGUUGUCGCUCACCGUUUGGGACCAUGAAGAAACUGUUACACAAACGUGGAGAUCUGAUACUGCAGGAGCAACCCUUUGCCUACGUGCUGCUACCACAGUUCCGGCACGAACGGUGUGAUCGCUGCUUCAAGCUGGGCAAGGUGUUGAAGUGCUCAAGCUGUCUGUACGUGCGCUACUGCAAUCGAGCCUGCCAGCAGGAAGCAUGGCCAGAUCAUCAGCCGGAAUGUGAGAAAUUGAAAUUGCUUCCGGCCACUCUCGUGGUCCCAUCGGCAGCUCUCAUGAUGGCACGCAUUAUACGACGGUUGCAGAAAGGAGGCGACUUCGCCAAGGGCUACUACACCGAUAAACUCUAUCGACGAUUUAACGAUCUAAUGCCACACGAAGAGGACAUUCGAAAGGACCCGAAACGGAUCGAACACUUCCAUACGUUGAACGUGGUGCUACAGCGACUGCUCGAUGAACCGGCCAUCCCACCGCGCGACGAGCUUCUGCGUAUCUUUGGCAAGAUGUGCAUCAACAGUUUUAAUGUGUGCGAUGACGAAAUGAACAGCAUCGGAACCGGAAUGUACCUCGGGGCAUCGAUCCUCGAUCACAGCUGUCGACCGAACGCGGUGGCCACAUUUGUCGGUGAGCGGUUGCAGCUACGGCUACUGGAAGACUUUACCGGUCCGGAGCUCGAUUUCAGUCGCAUCUUCAUUUCCUACAUCGAUCUCAUCGAUCCAAGCGACACACGGAGGGAACAGCUUUCCGAGCGGUACUACUUCCGCUGUGACUGUGAACGGUGCCGAGAUGAAGCGGAACGGGAGCUAAUGGGAGCAGCCGCUUGCAAGAAUCGGAAGUGCGAUGAACCGAUCCGUGAGGGGCAAACAAAAUGCUCUGCUUGCGAUGCCCCGUUCGAUCAAUCGGCUCGCGAUCGAUUCGAUGAAGUGACAAGUUUCACCCGUGAUCGGUUGGCUGAAAUGAAGGAUGUCGCUUAUUUCGAUGUUUGUCGAUUGUGUCUUGAGAAGCAGAGCGGCGUACUGCAUCCCCUGAACGCACAACACAUCAAAACGCUCGAUUACGCGUUCGACAGUGCAAUCAAGCUGGAGAAAUGGGAAGCAGCCCUGCGGUACGGUGCCGGAGCUGUGGCUGGUUAUCGUCGAUACUCACCAUCGAAUCCGUUGUUGGGUCUAAUGCUAGCGAACAUCGGUAAAAUUCAGCUGUACCUGGGUGAUGCCAAGACUGCGCUCAGCAGUUUGCACGAAGCCGACAAAAUCUUGCGUGUGACGCACGGUGAGCAGCACGAUCUUUAUAAAGAGCAACUGGUACCGCUGCUAUGCGACGCGGCCCAACAGUACGAGGUGAGCCAGCGAGGAGGAAUGAUCGGAAAACCGCAACGCGGUAUACGCCAAUAAAAAGGGGUCACUGAUUCGGAUGCCAACCAAAAAAUUGUCGUCCAGAGUGCGCUGGUGCUUCUUAAA